CUCACGGGCAUUGCUUCGCGAACUUUCUCCACGCGCUGGCGCUCAUGUUGAAUUCCCCCCAUACCGCCAGCAGCGUCAGGCUCUCCAAUCUCGGGCAGCCCGCGCCAAUAGCCUCCAGCAGCUGGUUCCCCAGGCUCACGCUAAUUUCCACGGAUAAACUGGUGAUGCGGGUAAAUACCCUGGAAUAACCAUCAAAAUCUUGCAGCCACUCGCGAGGCUGCGCGCGCGAGUCGUCGGGGAGGAAAUCGAGGCGCAGAGAGUGCGGCGUGGAUCGCAGCACGCGACGGAGGCGGGUGCAGGAGAGAGCGACGUUGCAGCGGUCGGACGGGUGCUCGAGGCGGCGGAGAAUGUCCUCAAGAAGCUCGUCGGGGAGGGCGAGCAGGCGACAACCACGGCCGCCACGCCUCAUGAUGGGCGAAUUGUGGCGAAUCGGGCGUUCAGUUACCAGAGUGACGUCGCAAGCAGUCCGAUGGAUGGAAUCCUUGGUCCGGAGUACGUCACGGGAUGAGAUAACUGCCACGCUAUCGACAGGAUCUAAAGAGGAGAAUCAAUUACGAAGGCGCCGUCACUUGUUUUGCAUAUGUAUACAACCUACCCUGUUCUUACGACAGGUGACUCGUUCGGCAUCUAACAAGGGAAUACUGAAGUUGCAUGAGGCAGUGACGUUCCUUGCUGUAAACCGCCUCCUAGGAAAAGAGAAACUGGAUCAUAUGGUGCUCUGCUCUGCUAGAGGGGUGCUUCUCCUUGCAGGAAAGGAUGUUGUCUGGUUUGGCAGCGAGCAUAGGUCCCCUCUCCACCCAUCACACCCCACCCCAGGCGAGAUGUCAUGGGAUGGGAGACCAUGGUAUGGGAGACCAUGUCAGCCCUCGAGCAUUUCCCAGGAUUUCACAUGCGCACAUGGUGCAGAAUUGACUA